CUCCUUCUCUCCACCAGGAUUUUCCCUCCUUCACUUCAUAACUGAGCACAUUCCACAUUUUCUGCCCUGCUUUUAUUCAUAUCUCCUGGAAUGUGGCACUCUUUGGCUUUCACUCUGUGUGGGAUCUCCGCUUUGAUCCAUGUGUCGGUGCAAGGCCCGUACCAGAGGACCCUGUUGAAGAACCUCCUAAAGGACUAUAACCCCAUGGAGAGGCCUGUUGCCAACGACUCUUUGCCACUCACUGUCAUUCUCUCAUUGAGCUUGGUGCAGAUCAUGGAUGUGGAUGAGAAAAAUCAAGUACUGACCUCCAAUAUCUGGGUUAACAUGCGCUGGUAUGAUCAUUAUCUGCAGUGGAACCAGUCUGAGUAUCCAGGUGUCAAAAACCUUCGUUUCACUACAGACCAAAUAUGGACUCCUGAUAUUCUGCUGUACAAUAGUGCAGAUGACAAGUUUGACUCCACCUUUAAGUCAAAUGUGGUGGUGAACUCCAGUGGCCACUGCAACUACCUGCCUCCAGGUAUCUUCAUGAGUACCUGCAAUGUGGAUGUACGCUGGUUUCCAUUUGACAUCCAGAAGUGUGAGCUUAAAUUCGGCUCAUGGACGUUUGAUGGAUGGUUGCUGGAUCUCCAGAUGAAUGAGGCUGAUAUCUCUGGUUACAUGCCCAACGGAGAGUGGGACCUUGUGGGUGUGCCGGGGGCAAGAAAUGAGCUGUACUAUGACUGCUGUAAGGAGCCAUUUCCAGACGUGACAUUUGUGGUGACCAUCCGCAGACGGACGCUCUACUACGCCUUGAAUCUACUCGUUCCAUGCGUUCUCCUCUCGUCCAUGACCCUGCUUAUCUUCCUGCUACCCGCUGACUCUGGAGAGAAGAUCUCACUAGGUAUAACUGUGCUACUGUCAUUAACAGUCUUCAUGCUAUUGGUGGCAGAGAUCAUGCCAGCAACCUCAGACUCCAUCCCGCUAAUAGGGCAGUACUUUGCAAGUAUAAUGAUCAUUGUUGGAAUGUCAGUUAUUGCAACGGUGGUCGUGCUGCAGUAUCAUCAUCAUGACCCCAACGGAGGGAACAUGCCCAAAUGGGUUCAGCUAGUAUUGCUCCAGUGGGUGGCCUGGUUUUUGCGCAUGAAGCGGCCUGGUGAGGGUGAAGACCCUGAGCGUCCUCCUUGUGCCCCUCACUUACGGCGUUGUUCUUCAGGUUCCCAGAGUGGUAGCCUUCCUAAUGCACCCGGUUCUGCUUCUGCAGACCUCCACCACCACCACCAAAUGUCCUCUACGCUCCAUCCGCUACAUCCUCAGAGCCUCCUUCAAGCUGCUGCUGUGGCCGGUCACACCCACCAUCUCCACACCCAGACCAACAGCGCCAACAACAACGGCAACCUGCUCUACAUCGGUUUCUCCAGUCUGGAUGAUGCCUUGCCGCCAUCCUUGCUGACUGAGUCUGUGCAAAGAAACAGCAUCUCAGGCAGUCUACGUCCUGCCGUAGUGUCGCCACCAGCAGUUGGCUCCAGCCCACCACCUCACCUACCCUCACAGUUCUGCAGCCCUCCACCACCUCCGACACCCAAUCUGGAGGCCACAGGUUGUCCGAGUACAGUGUCUGGUGGUGGAGGCGGGUGCUCUUGUUCGGGAACCAGCGGUGGAGGUGACCCACAGCUUCAGGCAAUUUUAGACGAGGUGCGUUACGUCGCCGAUAGGUUCCGUGGACAGGAUGAGAACGAGAGUGUGGCUGAACAAUGGAAGUUUGCUGCAGCUGUAAUCGAUCGACUUUGUCUGGUAGCAUUCAGUGUUUUCAACAUCAUCUGCACCAUCUCCAUUCUGAUGUCAGCACCUAACUUUGUGGAGGCAGUUUCCAAGGACUUCAUCUGAUUUGACUUGGUGUUUGAAAUGAACAUGCAUUCGGGAAACUAAGGUUUGAUCGUAAAUGGGAAAUAUCCAUCUCCCUAAAACAGUGACUCAAUUCCCAAUACUGUGAUUGGAUUAACGCAGGAUCUUGAGGUCUGGAAAGAUAAAGCUUCUGAUUGGCUGAUGUCCUUGUACUCUGGACAUUGUAGGCCCGUUUAAACAUCUCCAACU